UGCGCCUGCGCAGUGGCCCCUGCCGCCUCCGGGAAGAUGGCGGAGUACGUGCAGGUGGCCAAGAGGGCCAUGCAGCAGCUCGGGGGCCACGGCGGGAUUCGCGGGGCGGUGCUGCAGUUGCUCAGAGUGAAUGAUCUAAAGACCGGCGCGCUAGUUGGUGUUGAUAAGUAUGGGAACAAAUACUAUGAAGAUAAAAGAUACUUUUUUGGUCGUCAUAGGUGGGUUAUAUACACUAAGGAAAUGAAUGGUAAGAACACAUUCUGGGAAGUGGAUGGAAGUAUGGUGCCUCCUGAAUGGCAUCGUUGGCUUCACUGUAUGACAGAAGAUCCACCAACGACACAUCCACCAGUGAGUCGAAAAUUCAUUUGGGAGAAUCAUAAGUUCAAUCUGAGUGGUACUCCUGGACAAUAUGUGCCCUAUUCUACCACCCGCAAGAAGAUACAAGAGUGGGUCCCACCUUCUACACCUAGCAAAUGAAGUCAUUUGAUGAUUUGCAAAGAAUCAAACUUACAGUAUGAACUGUAUCUUUCUUCUGUAUUUAAAAUAAAAGUCUUUGAUCAAAA